GAGGCUGUUCAGCAGUAUUCGGCUUUAAUAAAAUAUUUGAGGCACUUGUGUUGACAGUUUGAAUCAUCGUGCUUUUCUUUCAUUGUAAUGUUUUAUCGUUUGCCGCUACUGCCUCCAUCAACUUGUGGCAUCAAGAAAGAGCCAUGUGGCGCGAGUUGCGGAGCAAUAGGGGAGCUUGAUGGGCUAUGUAAAAUUAUUGAGCUUUAGGUCUUGCUGCGUGGGCAGCUGCCAAUUAUCGAUGACGAAGGCACAAAAAGCUCCUUGAAGGGACAUCCUCCCUGACCACGAGCAACCUCUACUCUCUUCAGUUGCCAAUUCCUUAUCCCAUUAUAUAUUUGUUGCUCAAAACCCAACCCCACCAUGCCAGUUCCAAGCUAUGUUGUUUUCCCUUGCGCCGAUGAUGCUUUUUGGUGUGACGACGACGAUGACAGCUCUAUCUGCAUCUUUGCGGAGUAUGACCUAUGCCGUUGGUGUGAGCAUGCGCCUCGUCGAGGACCUGCGAGGGAGCAGCAAGAGAAACCACACUCCGAUAUGAGUCUCCCAGCACCGCCCAAGCGACGAUUGAGCCUUCAAGCACCGGUAGUCUUCGACGGCGACGAGCAGCGGCGACAAUCCGCCACGAGCCUUCCAGCUCUCCCCAGGAGACAGGCAAGUGCUGUGUUGGUAUUGGACGACGAAGAAGACGACGACGAAACCGAAUCAAGCUGUUCGAGACUUGACCAGAUGAGCCGCGAAGACCUUCCUACGGCCCCUCGUCGACGAUCAACGCUUACCUUGGACGACGAAGGUCUUGCUGAGCUUCAGUCACUCUUUACCCAAGAACAUGAAGACGAAGAAGACGAUGGAUACGUUCACUGGCCCUGCCAUGUGAGGCACUCACAUCACGACCUUCUACUUGACGACGACCGGGCCAUCGAUUUUGGGUCCGUGAGCAGCACUGAAGGGCGUUGUGACGGCCAUGACACAUGUAUGAUGCCACCAAGACUCCCGCAACGGCAGAACAGCCAUGUUGGUUUGGACAGCAUCGCAGCAAGUCCAUGCCAGCGGCAGCGACGGCAGGAACGUCAAAGUCCUCCAACUCGGAGACGAUUCCGCCCUACUACGACUGCCGAAAGUCUUCCAUGCCAACCAAUGGUCCCCUUUACCUUCACUUCGCGGAGCGCAUAGCUCCCAAUACUUACACACUUCGCUAGCUAGCUACUUAUAACAGCGUAGAUCAUAAAAUUGAAUGCAUAACUACAACAC